GACCAGCUCCUGCUUGGAGAGGGGGGAAGGCGAGGCGGAAACGAGAUUUCCCUACAAGUUUUUUGCUGCUGAAGGUUGCUCAGGAGCCUUCCUCGGUCGGCGAGGGGGGGUGGGUUUGUUUGCUUCUUUCUGCUUUCCCUCCCUUCCCAGCCUCUGCUCUGCAGCCUGACCGUACGGAGGAAAGGUGGAGGGGUGGGGGGGAGGGGGGGGGGGAGAGCCAGCCACCCAAAAAGAAAACCCAGCUUCGAGCCGUCACCCUCCGCCACGAAAGAAGAGAAGGGAGAUUGAGACUAAGAGAAAAAAGAAGAAGAAAAAAAAAGAUCUCGGCUUGUCCAGCCCUUCUGCGGCAACAGGAGCAGACAGCGAACCCGGUGGAUUUUUUUUUUUUUUCCCUUCUUCGGCGUUUCUUUUCCAGCGCACGGACUUCCACUCCGGAGAAAAAAAAAAAAAAAGAAAAAAAAAAAGAUCAACAAAACAAACGCAGAGGCCGAACACAAAAAAAGCAAGACUAAUAAUGAACAAUCCUGUUAAUCCGCUGUCCCGAGGGCUGGGGAUGUGCCCCGGCUCGGGAAGUUGUAGGCUGUAGAAGUUCUGCCUCUCCCCCAUGUACUGUGCUUUCUAGAGCUUGUUUCCCCCCCCCCACCCUUUUUUUUUUUUUUUUUUUUUUUUUUGGUGCUUUAUUGCUGUUAUUGUUACUAUCUUAAUUUUUCUUCUUCAUGAUGUGCUGUUAGAAACCACUCCGGGACUACUCCAGCAGUAGGAAGACCGAGGAGUGGAGUGGAUGAAUAUACCGAUGAGAGAUCCAGUAAUCCCUGGGACAAGCAUGGCUUAUCAUCCUUUUUUACCUCACCGGGCACCGGACUUUGCCAUGAGCGCAGUGUUGGGACAUCAGCCUCCCUUCUUCCCGGCUCUGGCUUUACCUCCCAACGGGGCAGCCGCCCUCUCCCUUCCCGGGGCUCUGGCUAAACCCAUCAUGGAUCAGUUAGUGGGGGCUGCAGAGACUGGUAUCCCCUUUUCUUCCCUGGGUCACCAGGCAGCAGCCCAUCUGAGGCCUUUAAAAACUCUGGAGCCAGAAGAAGAGGUGGAAGAUGAUCCGAAAGUGCAUCUGGAAGCCAAAGAGCUUUGGGAGCAAUUCCAUAAAAGAGGCACGGAGAUGGUGAUUACCAAAUCGGGAAGGUACAAAUUCCAUAAUUCCCGGUGGAUGGUAGCCGGCAAAGCUGACCCUGAAAUGCCAAAGAGAAUGUACAUCCACCCGGACAGCCCGGCCACCGGCGAACAAUGGAUGUCCAAAGUCGUCACCUUUCACAAGCUGAAGCUCACUAACAACAUCUCUGACAAGCACGGAUUUACCAUUUUAAACUCCAUGCACAAGUACCAGCCCCGGUUCCACAUCGUCCGAGCCAACGAUAUUCUCAAGCUUCCCUAUAGCACGUUCAGGACCUACGUUUUCCCGGAGACUGAAUUCAUCGCAGUGACCGCAUACCAGAAUGAUAAGAUCACUCAAUUAAAAAUUGACAACAACCCCUUUGCCAAAGGUUUUCGGGACACCGGGAAUGGAAGGAGGGAAAAAAGGAAGCAGCUGACCCUGCAGUCCAUGCGGGUGUACGACGAGAGGCAGAAGAAGGAAAACCCCACCUCGGAUGAGUCCUCCAACGAGCAGACGGCCUUCAAGUGCUUCGCCCAGUCCUCCUGCCCUGCCGUGCCUGCCGUCGGCACUUCCAGCCUCAAAGAUCUCUGCCCCAGCGAGGGAGACAGCGAUGCAGACAGCAAAGACGAUCCCUUGCUAGAAGCCAACGAGUCGGGCAAAAUCAGCACGACCACCACCCCAGCUCCGGCCAGCUCCGCCGCGCCCGCCGGAGACGACCCCCGGCAGAAGGGGGGCAGCCCCUCCAAAAGCCACUUCUUCCCCAGUGACUCAGCGGGGAGUCGGAGCCGAGAGAGGACGGAGAAAGCCCCUCCGGACUCCCGGCACAGCCCGGCUACUAUCUCUUCCAGCACCCGGGGGGGAAGCCUGAGCGGCGAGGAACUGAAAAGCCCCCUCAGGGAUGGCCCCAAGGUAGAUGAGAACCGGCUGCUGGGGAAAGAGCCCUUCGCCCCCCUGACGGUGCAGACCGACAGCGCGGCCCACCUCAGCCAGGGACACUUGCAGAACCUCGGCUUCCCCCCCGCCCUGGCCGGCCAGCAGUUCUUCAACCCGCUGGGGAAUGGGCACCCGCUGCUGCUGCACCCCGGGCAGUUCGCCAUGGGGGGGGCUUUCUCCGGCAUGGCCGCGGGGAUGGGGCCCCUGCUCGCCACCGUCUCCGGGGCAUCCGCCGGUGUCUCGGGACUGGACAACACGGUCAUGGCCACUGCGGCGGCCCAGGGACUCUCGGGAGCUUCGGCGGCCGCGCUGCCUUUCCAUCUGCAGCAGCACGUCCUGGCUUCUCAGGGCCUGGCCAUGUCUCCCUUCGGAAGCCUCUUCCCCUACCCCUACACCUACAUGGCAGCGGCGGCCGCCGCCUCCAGCGCCGCCUCCAGCUCGGUGCACCGGCACCCCUUCCUCAGCGCCGUGCGGCCGCGGCUCCGCUACAGCCCCUACCCGCUGCCCGUGCCCCUGCCCGACGGCAGCAGCCUCCUCACCACCGCCCUACCCGGCCUGGCUGCCGGCUCCGGCGAGGGCAAGGCGGGGGGGCUGACCGCCAGCCCCGGCUCCGUGCCCCUGGACUCCGCCUCGGACCUCACCAGCCGUUCGUCCACCCUCUCCACCGGCUCCGUCUCCCUCUCCCCCAAACUGGGCGCGGACAAGGAGGCGGCCACCAGCGAACUGCAAAACAUCCAGCGCCUGGUCAGUGGGCUCGACCCCAAGCAGGACAGAUCCCGCAGCGGCUCCCCAUAACCCCCCUGCCCUCUGGGGGCUCAUUUCAAAUCAGUCUCGCAGUGCACUUUGUUUGAAAGAAACCACAUCCUCCACCCCGCGAGUGUGUUGUUUUGUUGUUGUUGUGGGGUUUUUUUACCCCCCUCCUUGAUUUUGUUUUUUCUUCCCUUUCUAUUUUUUUAAUAUAAAAUCCCCCGGCGUUGUGUGCGCGCUUACCAACAGAAAGGUAUCUGGCGAAGCAGGGGGGGUGAGGGUGGGGAGAGGGUCGGGGAUGGGGGAGUGGAACCGAGGUGGGCGACCUGGGUUGGAGGCUGCUCGCAGGGAGCAGGCUGGCCGAGCCAGGUCACCGGCGGGGUUGUAGCAUCCUCCUCUCUCUCUCUUAUUUUUUUUUUUUAACUGUGUAAAAAAGGAAAAAAAAACCAACAGAAAAACAGAAAAACAAGCACCUAAAAGCAAAAAUAAAAGAAAAAAAUCAAACAAACGUAUGAAUAAAAAUUAAGUAAGAGAAGUGAUUUUUUUUCUUUCCGAAAGAAAAGCGUGUAAGUAACUUGCAUAUCGGUUCUUCAACAGUUGUUUCCUGGGCGGGUUGUUAACGACAACCCCCUUAGUCAAUAUUAAGGGAAGCUGUGUGUUUAAAAUAUUAUUGUGAUGUCUGAGAGCCAGUCGGUGGCUUUUUUUGCAUGUUCCAUAGUAGUCUGCUUUUUUUGGGCGGGGUGGGGUGGGGUAUUUUUUUAUUUCGGUGGGGUUUUGUUGUUUAUUUUUAAUGCUCGUUUCAAAUCCCAGGGAAAAAAUUAUUAUUAAUAAUAAUAAAAACAAAAAUAAGACCCUCGUCCCUCUACCUUAAACAUCCUCCCUGUAGCAACAACAGUAAGAAGUGUAGUUGGAAAGGAAAAAAAAAAAGUGAAUUUAUUUUAUCUAAAAAUCUCUGUAGCUUGACUGUAGGUUUAUCACAGCUUUCCCUCUUUAAUUGUAUAUGCAAUAACAAGGUUUAAACAUACUGAGAAGAAGAAAAGAGCGGACGCUAUUAUUAAAGUAUUUAUGUAAUUAUUUGAUAACUUGUAAAUACGUGGAAUAUGAAUACUCGAAAUUAAACUUUAAUUUAUUGACAUUGUACAUAUCUCUGUAAAUACGACUGCAGCUGUCUUUUUUUUCCUUCUGUUUUUAUUUUUAGUCGUUUUCAUUUCAGCUUCAUAAUUCCUUUAAACAUACACCCCGACGCAGAGGAGAAAUCCCCCCAUUUCUGAGAGCUCACUUUUUAAAUCUGAGUUCACCCCAGAAAACCUGACCUCGUCCUUUUGUAAAGGAGCCGAAUGCAAAAGGCAAAGCAGUAACAAAAUUAAUCAAAGUCCUUUAAAAAAAAUAAAAGAAAAAGCAGUGUGCCAUGGUAGCUUUUAAUCCUCGAUUUCUUCAGUGUUCAGAGCGCUACUUUCCGCAUAAGAUGUCGACGACAAAAAAAAUUAUAUACGUUAAUACACGACAACAGGCUUCUCCAGUGGCUUGAGAGAAAAAAAGAUGAAGAUUCUAGGAUUUUCUUUACUUUGUAUUAUUUUCCCCCGUUUCCUUGGUGUGUCAAAAAAACAACCCCGCGAUGGAGUUUUACUACUGUGCUUAUUGUUGUCUUUGUUUGAGUGAGUGCAUAUUUUCUUGGCUUGAAAGUCAGGUGCUCAGAGCUGGUUCAAAGAAAAAAAAAUGAAGGUAUAUUUUGUGUUAUAUAAAUGUUGAGAAGUUCUUGCUAUUUUUUUCCUGUACUUUUUUUUUUUCUUUCCCUUUUAAAAGUCACUGAAGUUUCAAUAAAUUUUUAUUGAAAUGUC